GAUGAUAAAGAUAAUAUCUUGAUAGGAGAAAUGUGACGGUUGAUGGGGCUACACUGCGGUUGCAACAACGUGACGCUCUUCCUUAUGUUUCGCUUUUCAUCAUCACCCAAUGUGGUUUCACAUGAUUGGGGAAAUGUUCCACUCAGCAGGACCAAGGCUUUAACGACGCUCUUGCAUGUGUUCUGUUGUGCUGCGCUGCGUGUCAUCAUGAUGGUGAAAGUACUUCUGCCCUCUCUGAUUUUACUCCUUGCAUCAUUAACAGGCGUGUGUCCCUCGAAAACCAGCCAAGAGUAUGUCAAGGCAGGUGAGAUGGUGGCGCUCUUCUGCCAUCAUGACAGAGGUUCUAGUCACGGUGAUGCCGAAGUGAUCUGGACCAGUUACACCCCCCAGGAGAUGGAUCUGACCCACAUGUCCUCAGCUGAGCAGAGUCAAAUGGGGUUGCUGGUUUAUGGGAGGAGCCUUGUGAUUCUCAAUGCUUCUGUCAACCAUCAGGGGAAUUACUCAUGCUCUCUGGGGAAUGGCAGCAGGUGGAGCUGGUUCAGGCUGACAGUUUACACAACACAGAGGGAGGAGAGGACCCAGUACCCUAGAACAUGUUCCACACAAGAGGCCUGCGAAUUGAAUUGUCCUGAGGUAAACGUACCUGCUGUAAACACCCCCAAUAUUACCAGCAACGCCAUUAUAUGGCACAAGGAGGGCGAGUCAUUGCCAAAAGACGACCACUUCUCAAGUGUGGAAGAGAAAGACCACGGUGUCUACAUCUGUACCAGAUCUUACCUGUAUUAUAGACAAAUAUAUAACAUGACCUUUACAGUGGUGCUAAAAAUCAAACCAAAGGAAAAUCCAGAGAAAGUCUCAGUGAUCACUUCACCACACAAUGAUGUAUUUUAUGUAGAUUUGGGCGCACCAAUGGUGAUUGAUUGUGAAGCUGUUACGGAUCCAGACUUUGGCGAGCUGUUCUGGUACGAGAAAUCCAAGGUGCAAAUGAACAACAGCUUUCCGGUUUUCUACAAUUACACACGUGUGAGUAAUGGUGCAGAAAUAAAAAUUAAGGCAUCUCUAGUCUUUAAAAGCGUGUCACAGGAGGAUUUAUCAAAGAGUUACACCUGUAAACUGGAGUCUGCAUUUGGACCCUCAAGCUUCGUCACCAUCACCUUAGCCCAAAAAGCUCGCCCUUCUUACGUUUCCCUGGCUCUCUGCAUUGUCGGCGUUAUGGUGGUGAUGGUUUUGACAGUAGUUAUCUAUGUGAGGUUCAAAAUUAACAUCACUCUUUUCCUAAGAGACACUCUUGGCUACCAUAGCCACACCUCAGAUGGAAAGAGCUAUGACGCCUUUCUGAUGUGUUACAAGAGCGACACAGAAGCAGGACUAAAUGAACAUGACAGAAAAUGUCUGGAGAGUGUUUUGGAAGAGAGGUUUGGUUACAGUCUCUGUCUUUAUGAUCGGGACGUCUUACCAGGGAAAGCUGCAGCGGAGGCAGUGCUUGAAUGUAUAGAGCAGAGCCGGACGGUGGUUUUGGUUCCUACCUCUCCAGAUCCUGGUCCAGGAUCUGGCCUGCUGAGUGCCAUCCAUGCAGCCCUUGUGGAGCGGCAGACUCGCUUGGUUUUCAUCCAAACUGAGACAACAGAAGCAUCUAGCUCUGGUUCGGUACCGGAGGCCUUGCAGCUUCUUAGCGAGGCUGGAGACUGUGUCACGUGGAAGGGCAUGAGGUCCAUGCCGCUUUCCUCCUCCUUCUGGAAGCAGCUACGAUAUUACCUACCGGCCCCGCAGCAGGCGUCAAAAAUAAAGCUUUUACCUUAGACAGUCUAGGAUGUUACGUCAUGCCAGAAUGAUUAACUUUUAUUAUAUCUGUUUUCAGAUUUGACUUACAAAUACAGUAUAUAAAAAAAAUACCUAUUAGGAAAACAGAUUUACUGCUGAAGACGAUCUAAUUCUAUUUUUGAACAUUUAACUUAAGGUCCCUGUGGCCGAUCCACCCGGUCACAGCUUUUUUCUGUCCUGGCCCCACAGUGGUGGAAUGAACUCCCCACUGACGUCAGGACAGCAGAGUCGCUGCCCAUCUUUAGGCGCAGGCUGAAAACUCACCUCUUCAAGAAGUACUACCCGGAGCCUUCCUCGUAGCACUUAUUGCAUUCGUAUUAGUUGUUGCACUUACUGUAUUCGUAUCAGUUCGCUGCACUUAUUAAAUUUGUAUUUGCUUACUGCACUUAUCCUAUUCGUAGUAGUUUGUAGCACUUACUAUAUUCGGAUUAGUCUGUUGCAAUUAUUGUUUUCGUAGUAACUUGCCUCUGCACUAUACUUUUGCUCUGGCUUAUGCUUUGAGAUGCUUGUUUAAGAAAGGAGAUGCACUUAUGACUUCUGGUGACUAGUAGUUCUCUUGAAUACCUAUGUUGAAUACACUUCCUGUAAGUCGCUUUGGAUAAAAGCAUCUGCUAAAUGACUGUAAUGUAAUGUAAUAUAACUUGUCAAUCUAACAUAUUGCAUUGUUGAAUUGACCUCCACAUGUUUCCUUAUUAGUAUGAUAGUUGACACAAAGACAUGUAAAGUUAUUAUGAAUGUAAUGUAAAAAUGUAUGUUACAUUUUGUUACAACAUUAGUAUAUGCACGGUUACAUCAGUACACACUGUUACUACUGACAAAUCCAGAAAUUUCCCACUAAUGUUUUCUCAUGGAAGGUGUUGCUUUUCACAGUGGCUCAUUAAUUGAAAUCUCUGUUUAAAUUUUAAUGUAGUAACUGGAUUUCUUUUCUUUAUUUUUCUAAGUAAGUGUUCUGUGUGAAACAUUGAAAUACAUUUGUUUUAAUAUCUGUGCUGCAGUUUUUACAAGUGGCCAAAUGAAUGCUUACGCUUUUUCAUAAUGGAUGUGUCACUAGACCAUACUUAUUGCUUAUUUGCAAGAAUUAACAACAACAAAAAAUAAAUAAAUAUCUUCUUCUUUCCAAGAGUGCCAUGAAGAGAUCAAUACCACUUUACCUCCUCACUUAACCUUACUUAGCAUAAAGACUGGAAAUAACUUACCAACACCUUCAAAGCUCCCUAAUUUAACACAUUGUGUCUUGUUUGUUUAUUAUUGUAUUUUGGUUUCAGUGUGCAGCAUCCCAGAGGCUAAAUGUUGGUUCACAGACAUGACAUUGAUACAGAAUUUCUCAUCUCAAAGAGAAUACUUUUGUUUUCAAAAUAGAUUUUCUGCGCUCUUUUGACCAAAACAUUAUUUUGGCAGCUUUAAAGAACAGGUACAUUUUUUUCA